AUGGCCGCCCAAGACAACAAACAGGUCCAUCGCGCCUGGUGGAAGGAAUGCUCCGUCUACCAGAUCUGGCCGGCGUCAUACAAGGACUCCAACCACGAUGGCGUCGGUGAUAUUCCGGGCAUCGUGUCCAAGCUAGACUACAUCAAGAAGCUCGGGGUCGAUAUCAUCUGGCUGUCGCCGUCCUACAAGUCGCCGCAGGUUGAUAUGGGCUACGACAUUUCGGAUUAUUACAGCAUUCACCCUCCAUACGGCACGGUGGAAGACGUCGAGCGCCUGAUACAAGGGAGCCACGAGAGAGGGAUGAAGCUGCUCAUGGAUCUGGUGGUCAAUCACACUAGUGACCAGCACGAGUGGUUCAAGCAAUCACGGAGCUCGAAGGAUAAUGAGUAUCGCAACUGGUAUGUCUGGAAACCGCCCAGAUAUGACGAGCAAGGGAAUAGACAUCCACCGAACAACUGGGUGUCACAUUUUCAAGGCAGCGCAUGGGAAUGGGACGAAUUGACUGGCGAAUACUACUUGCAUCUCUAUGCCGUGGAACAGCCGGAUCUCAACUGGGAGCAUCCUCCAGUACGCAAGGCCGUGCAUGAUAUCAUGCGGUUUUGGCUUGACAAGGGGUGCGACGGAUUCCGCAUGGACGUCAUCAACUUCAUUAGCAAGCAUCAGGACUUUCCCGACGCACCCGUCAAAGAUCCGAACUCGCCUUGGCAAUGGGGGAACCUCUACUAUGCCAACGGGCCACGAUUGCACGAGUACUUGCAAGGACUGGGACAGAUCCUCAAGGAAUACGAUGCAUUCAGCGUGGGCGAGAUGCCGUUCGUCACAGACACCGAGGAGGUGCUCAAGGCGGUGCGCUAUGACCGCAACGAGAUCAACAUGAUUUUUCAAUUCGCGCAUGUGGAUAUCGACCACGGCGAGUUUGACAAGUUUGCCGAGGGCAAUUGGAAACUCACGGACCUGAAGCGUCUGUUCAACGAGUGGCAGACAUUCAUGUACGACAACGACGGCUGGAAUGCGCUGUAUUGGGAAAACCACGACCAGCCACGGUCGAUUGAUAGGUAUACGCAUGCGAAGCCGGAGGACUCCACGAUUGCCGGGAAAUCGCUGGCUACGUGCCUGGCGUUGAUGGCUGGUACGCCGUUUGUUUACCAGGGCCAGGAGCUGGGGAUGCGCAAUGUACCAAUUGAGUGGCCCAUAGAGGAGUACCAGGACAUUGACUGCCUGAACCAUUGGAAGCAACAUCUAGCUGCCGAGCCCGACAACACCGAAGCGCUGAACGAGUAUCGUCGGCAAUACCAGAAGAAAUCCAGAGACAACGGGCGCACUCCCGUCCAGUGGACGUCCGGACCCAACGCCGGCUUCACUGACGACGCCGCGGUCAAGCCAUGGAUGAGCGUCAACCCGAACUACAAAGCAAUCAAUGCCGAGGCGCAGGUGUCCGAUCCCACGUCGGUAUUCAACUACUGGCGCUCGGUGCUGGACGUGCGCAAAAAGCACCUGGACAUAUUCGUGUACGGCAAUUUUGCCAUGGUCGACCAGACCAGUGAGCAGGUGUGGGCGUACACGCGGCAGUUCGAGGGCCAGCAGGCGCUGGUGCUCUGCAACUUUACGGCCCAGACGGUCAAGUGGGAUCCGGCGGCGAACGGCGUCGGCCAGGCACAGGAGGUGUUGCUGAACAACUAUGGCGCCAGCGAGCAAUACACGAACGAGACGUGGCUGCUGCGGCCACCUGAAACACGCUGGACUCCAUCGCGAGCCGUCCCUUUUAUGGGGCGCGCGCGUAUCCCUGCGCUGCCAUACGCCGGACACACAGUGAAACUUGACGGCGUGCGCGUAGGCGAGCAAAUUCAAUUCCACAAAUGCCGCAGUGCGUGCGCUGGAAUGAGGAAGAUCGCCUGCCCGCCGUCUCAUGCUCGCACCACCCACGCUCGCCGCCGUCUCUUGCUCCUGCCGCCACCUCACGACGACGACGACGACGACGACCCCAUGCUGCCCCUUCGCCGCAAAUCGCGUCGAUGGAUCACAGUCGUUGCGCCGCUCAUAGGAUUCGUGGUGUUGCUGCAGUUUCUCCGAGGGCCACAGUGGUUUCUCAUCGCCCGGUCGGCCAGCAAUUAUAACAACCUGGACCCGCGACGAGAGGCCCAGGCUCCUUUGUCGUUGCAACAGCAGCAGCAGCAGCAGCAGCGAGAACGCCAACGACAACGCAAAGAGCACUUUGCCUGUCCGCCCUUGCCCGGAAUCGAAGAUGUGCUGGUCGUGCUCAAAACGGGUGUCACCGAGGCGCUCGACAAGGUGCCCGUGCACGCCCAGACGACAUUUCGCUGCGUGCCGAAUUAUGUGGUGUUCUCCGACUACUCGGAGGAGAUCGACGGCAUACAGCUGCACGAUGUGCUGCAGAAUGUGCGGCGUGAUGUGAGACUGACCGUGGACGACUUUGACCUGUACAACCGCUUGAGAGUGAGCGGACGCGAAGGACUGAAAGACGCCGACGCCACCGAGGAGGAGAACGGGGUGUUUGGCAUGCCCAAUAAUCCCGGCUGGAAGCUGGACAAGUGGAAGUUCUUGCCGAUGAUCGAUGAGGCUCUCAAAGCGAAGCCGGAUGCGAAGUGGUUUGUGUUUAUGGAGGCUGAUACGCAUAUCGUCUGGCCGAACCUGGUGGCCUGGCUGGACCGGCUGGAUCCGGACGAGCCUCUUUAUUUGGGCACCGAGACGCAGAUAGGCGAUGUCCUGUUUGCGCAUGGGGGCUCUGGGUUUAUUAUUUCGCGGACGGCGAUGCACAUGGUGUCUGCGCAGCGUGCAAGAAAUGUCACCGAGUACGAUAUGUAUACCGACAUGGAGUGGGCGGGGGAUAUGGUGUUAGGCAAGGCAUUGAAAGAUGCAGGAGUUGACUUGACCUUCACCUGGCCACUGCUUCAGAACGCGCGGUUGGGCGAGAUUGAGCCGCUGACGAAUACCUUUUACCGUCAGCCAUGGUGUUACCCUGUGGUCGCGUAUCACCAUCUUACCCCCGCGGAUGUGGAAGACAUGUGGCGCUUCGACCAGGAUUGGUUUAUCAAGCCCCCCCAGAAAAAACACAACCUCCUGCUCCACGCCGACGUCUUCCACGAACGCAUUCUCCCGCAGCUGAAACCCGGCAUUCAGCAAGACUGGGACAAUCUGUCGGGCGAUCUGGUAGAGGACGUCCUAGUCGAGAACAUCAAUGACUGCCGACGCAUAUGCGAGGCAGACGGAUUAUGCCGACAGUACAGUUUCCGCUGGGGCGAAGACCCUGAUAGCUACUACGACGACGAAACAGGCGCAAGCCAAGCGGCCAUGAGGCCGGAAUGUCGCACUUUUGAAUCGCCGCGUCUCGGCGUGCCUCGCGAAGGAACUCAGUCUGGUUGGAUGAUGACGAGGAUUGAGGUGACGGCGAGGGCGAGGGGGGAGUGUGAGGUUGCUGAAUGGGAGUAA